UAAGUCUUAUCAUUUUACAAUUUAUCUUGGACUCAUAUUUUGAGGUUUGCUCUCAGAAAACUAUUUUUGACAUUUUAUUUAAAUUAUUUCAAAUCAUGUCUGCAAUCAAAUUCGGUAGUCAUCUAAAAGAACUACGAUUGCACCUAUGUCAGUCGUCCACCUCUAGCAAAGGAGUAAGGCAAUUCAUUGAAAAAUACUAUAUUCCACUGAAAAAAUCGAAUCCACAGUUUCCCAUAUUAGUCCGUGAGUGCAGUGGAGUAGAACCAAAAGUUUUUGCUCGCUAUGAAUUUGGACGAGAACGAAGUGUACAACUUGCUGAUCAAUCUGCAGACAAUGUAUUCAAGAAAAUUGAAGAAUUAGUAAAAAAAAAUUAAUUAAUAUUUAUUAGAGUUUAAAGAAAAACAAUGUUAUUUUAAAAGUAUGUACAUAUUACAAAAUACAAUGUCUUAGUUAUGAAUAGAUAAAUGUUGCUUUAUUUUCAAUAA